GUCCAAAUUUUGUACGAAAGUAAUGAACACCUGAGAGCAUCUUCAAUUUUGCCACUUUACUUUGAUCGCAUUCACAAACUUUGCUUGUGUAAUUCUUGCCUUGUGUCUUUUUUGGUAAUUCUUGCUUUAUAUUACAAUUGCCGCCAUGCCUUCUGCGGUUAAGAAAAGAAAGGUCACGGCGCUUUCUACGAGAAAUGCAACAACUACCAAGAUUCAACCGCUGAGUUCCUUUACUACGAUUUCAAAAGCAGGUACAAAGGAUGGAGCAAAGUCAAUUCAGGAGAAGAAUAAACAAGUGGAUGUGGCAUCGGCGACAGUCACCAAGCCGCACAAACCUACUACGAAUUUGAGGAAGAGAAAGUUGGAUACAGAGGAGGAAUCGAAUGUUAUUGAGCCAGCAACGACUGCAACUGCCACAACUGCGACUGCCAAAGAAAUCGAGAAAUUUCCAUCAAAACCGUUCACUUCAUCGAAAGUUCCACAAACACCGCACAAACUUAUCAAAACAUCCUCAAUCACUACCGACACCCCAACAAAAGGCGCGCGAACUCUCCUCGACCGUCUUCUUCUACAAACCCCAAAAAGACCUGUCCAAAAGAGACCUUCUCUCUCGUCCCUACGAUCUAUUUCAUCGAGUUCUGGCUCGGCGGUUUCGACACUUCCUCUUAAACAUUCACAAACUAGCGCUGAAGGAAAGGAGGAGGAUGCAAGGCAACAAGAGGACUUUGAGGAAUCACUACCCGACGAACUCAUCGAUAUUGUCAACCUUCACGCUGCGCUUCUCACGACACUGACCCUUCACUGCGCCCACAACGGAUCCAAUGCACCCGCAGAUUUACGAAAUCUCUGCCCGGAUGUUGCCAGAGCAUGGGGAAAACGGAAGGUCAUUCUGGACGAUAUCCGUCGGGCUCUUGGUGUCUUGAACUCACAUGUCAAGUUUGACGUAGAAGAUCAAAAUCUUUCUACAAUCACUCUAUCGGAUUAUGGAUCCGGGAAAAUUUGUGUCGAGAUUGAAGCAGGGAAAGGGAGCGGAAAAGGCAACAAUUUGAGGCCUAUUAAUGAAGAAAGUCUUAAUGGAAUAUUUUCGCAAAGAUUAAGAACUCAGUGGGAAUCGAAGGAGAAGGAUGUUGCUAUUGAAGAUUUUAUCAAGGAAUUACCAUUGGAGCCAAUCACACCUUGUUCUUCGCUCGCGAAAAUGACACCCCUCCUCGCCAAGGGUCAACGACGACUUGAAGACAUGAAAGCCGGUAUUGUUGCUAAAAAAGAUCUCAGGAGAACGAAAUCCUCCCCCGCUCUUAUUCAAGCUACGACUUCUAUAGAUGUUACCUCCUCUUCUUCCAUUGAAAAGAAACCUACACUUCUCGAGCGUCUCCGCGCAAAACAACUCAAACAAUCUCUCCUCCCUCAAGCCCCUGCUCCUGCGCAAGUAGCUCGCAAAUCAGCUUUGUCAAGAAUGGAAGAAGUUGUCAAGGUCCUCAGUAUCUUGAGUACGUUGGGAUCAGCUGGUCAACAAAGAAUCUCUUUCACCAUGCCGACUUUAAUUGGAAAAUUGAAGGAUUCGUUCAAGACUCCUAUUUCGAAAGACGAAGCAAUUACUGCUGUGAAGUUAUUAGCGGUCGAGAUCGCACCGGAAUGGGUUCAGUUGGCUAAGAUUGGGAAGAUGGAAGCAGUGGUUUUUGAUAGGGAGAAGAAGAUUGCCGAGGAAAGUGUGAAAGAUAGGGUCAAGAAAGCCCAAGCUGCUUGAACUUGAAAUUGAGUUGGAUACCGAGAACGAGUGGCGGAAAACGUCUGUUUUAAGAUUUUGUAUAUUGUAUUGGUUGAAAAAGAUACCCUUGUUUUGUAUAUAUUAGGAGCGCGAUGUACCAAGGUUUGUUGGUUUUACAUGGCUAGUUGAAGGACACAGGAUACAGGACUGAGGAGCAAUGGACAGGAAGGAAGAAUAGAACUGUAUAACUAGAAAAAUUAUACGCAAUGAAUAACA